GACAAGAGGUAGGUCAGACCGAGCGGAGAGUCAGAGGGUUUAUUUAAGUCGUCGCUCCGUACUCCCCCACUUUCCCGACGCGCCACUGAGAGAGGGUGGACUUCCUCCUGCGGCGGGACCACAGCCUGGAGCUUACAUGGACUUAACCUCGACGCACCUGAGUUAGCGCAUAAAAUAGGAGCUGUGCUAGAAACAAAAACAAAAAAACAAAACAAAAAAAAUGACACAAUCUUAAAAAGAUUUUUUUUGUACAACAUUUUUGAGGCGGUUUAGCGCAGCUACUCCACUCCGCUCGUCAGUAAAUGCGUGUUUAUUUGUGGCUGAUCUGGUGAGAUAUUUACAUACAUUUGGACCCGAACAAAGAAUGGAGCGAAUUCCAAGCGCGCAGCCUCCCGCUCUCUCCAAACAUCAGCCUGAUCUGACAGACGUGCAGGGGAUGGAUUUCCAAAUGUAUGUUUAUAAGCCUAGAAGAGGGAUAAAGAGGGGGGAAGAGAGCAAGGACACCUACAAGCUGCCCCACAGACUCAUCGAGAAGAAAAGGCGCGAUCGGAUAAACGAAUGCAUCGCUCAGCUGAAAGAUUUAUUACCCGAGCACCUGAAACUCACCACUCUGGGCCAUCUGGAGAAAGCCGUGGUUUUAGAGCUCACGCUCAAACAUGUGAAAGCCCUCACCUCCCUCCUGGAGCAGCAGCAGAAGAAGAUCCUCGCUCUGCAGAGCGGCAUGCAAAUCGAGCAGCCACCUGUUAGCCAGGAGAAGUCAGAGGAAAUGUUUCGCUCUGGUUUCCACAUGUGUGCCAAGGAGAUUCUCCAGUAUCUAGCCGGCCAUGAGCCAGAUGGAGACCUGACUCCAACACAUCUCAUCAGCCACCUUCACAAACUGGCCGCUGAAGUGCUGCAGAGCCCGGCCAGACCCCGCACCCCUCACAGUCCCCAACCCGAAGAGGUCCCGGCCUACCACCAGCGCCAGGCUCACAAGGAGACGCCCAGCACUUCGCCCCCUAAGCCCGCUGAGGGCUACGGGAGGAACUGCGUGCCCGUCAUCCAGCGGGCGUACCCUCCAGCCAGCGGCGAGCAGAGCGGCAGUGACACAGACACGGACAGUGGCUAUGGGGGGGAGCUGGAGAAGACCGAAGCGGGGACACUACAGGGACACGGCGACUAUUACAGCCAGCAGAAGCGGCUGCUGGGCGACAGGCAGAGCUCCGGCAUCAAGCAGGAGGACGACGAGCCGCGCCACAAGCGACUCCGCAUGGAGUCUUCUGAGGACGAGGUGCUCUCGAGUGGGGAGUCGUCGAUCUCCUCGUCCUCCAGUGGUUACGGUAGUUACAUGAGCACGUCCCCCAGCCACCCGCCUCCCCCACCACACCCCGUCUGCAUGCCGUUCUACCUCAUCCCCCCCUCUGCCGCGGCCUACCUGCCGAUGCUGGAGAAAUGCUGGUAUCCCGGAGCUGUGCCUAUGCUCUACCCCGGCAUGGGAGGCUCCUCGCCCACCAUGUCUGGCGAGAGGCCUCCCCCACCUCACCUUGUGCUGUCUCCCAGGGGAGGCUCUCCUGCCCCGGCCCUAUCGCAGACCCCCAUGGACUCCCCUGCUCUCCUUCAGGCACUAAAGCAGGUACCACCUCUCAACCUGGAAACCAAAGAAUGAGAAAUGAAGGAACAGGCGAAGGGACAAUGCCUUUUUUUUUUUUUCUAAUAGCCGGUGGCAACGAGUGGCGAACAGGACUGAGCUGUUUGUAAUCUAUAAUCAUUCAUCUUCUCUUUUCCUCGUCUGGAGGUCAGAUAUUACCCAUCCACACUGGGAGGAAUGCAAAACUCUGGCUGAAUGUUUGAAGCUCAGUGGUUUUCCUCAUUUACAGAUGUACUGUCUGAACCCAAACCGCCCUGCACAUAACACACACACAUUGGUUGAAUGUAAUGAAAGAAGUCUUUUUAAGAUGCUGCUGUUGAAAUGUAAAAGCCUAUGACAAUGAUCCAUCUCAUUCUGUAGCCGUUGUGACGAAAGACUUGCCAUGUUGUACUUUAGAAACUUUUUUGCACCAAAAUAGUGGUAAGUAUUCACCCAAAGUUUGUUGCCUAUGUCCUCUGCUCACCGUUCUGAUCACUGGGACGCCCUUUUUAGCUCCAUAUUGAUGACUUUUAAACACCCGGAAGUUCUGAAGUGUGUACAAAAUGGGUCAGGAGACAGCCUUAGAAUGAAGGGACAGGCCACCACAUGGCCAAAAUGAGUGGCAGGUCUUGUUUUCGUGUUGAUGAGCUGAGCGGGAUUCCUGUAAUUAUUGUUCAAAGACUUCAUGUAUAUUUCUAUUUUUGAUACCCGUGCUUGCACUCUGCACUCUCAGGCAUCUGGAGCGAGUGCGUAGUGUGGACGAUGUUUGUGUACUCAGAACGUGUACAUUCUGUAGCACUGUGCUGGACCUGGUCUGCGUAAUCGACGUUGUUUCUGCUCAAGUCAAACCUGGUGUUUGUUCUUGCUGUUGCAUUUUACUUGUGAGAAGCUGAUAAACCGCAGGUGUUUAUGCUCUGUACAAUGUAUCGAACCUGGAGUCAAAGAUAUGUGGAGGGGGGUGAAGUGAAUGUAAGUUUUUUUUUUUUUUUUUUUUUUCAGAAGACUAGUUUUCUAUAGAAAGUGAGGUACUUAAGGUUUUAUAUUUUGGGACCUAAAGAGAGAUGUUUGAUGUACAUAUUUUGUCUAUACAUGUUGAUAUAAAUCAUAUAAGUGUAAUAAUAAAGUAUUUUUCCCAUGGA